AGCCCAGCGGCUGCAGGAGCCGAGCGGCAUCAGGCGAGGGCGCAGCGGCGCAGGCAGGUCCCAGCGGCGCAGGCAGGUCCCAGCGGCGCAGGCAGGUCCCAGCGGCGCAGGCAGGUCCCAGCCGAUCCCUGCUCCGGGCCCCCCCCGCGCUGGAUCCUCCCCCUCGGCCGCAGCCUCUCCAGAGCCCUGCCCACGGCCGUGCCCCGCCGGGGCUGACCCUGCCUGGGCACUUCUCCUCUCGCAGCUCCUGCGGCAGCAGCUUCGCUUCCUCCUGCCUCCGCCAUGGCUAAAUGUGGAGCCUGUGGGCCAGGCUAUGCCACUCCUCUGGAUGCCAUGAAAGGGCCGCGGGAGGAGAUCGUCUACGUGCCCUGCAUCCGCAGGAACACAGGCAGGGACCUGCCUGACUACUUGGCCACGGUGGAUGUGGACCCCAAGUCCCCAAGCUACUGCCAGGUGAUCCAUCGCCUGCCCAUGCCCAACCUGAGGGAUGAGCUGCACCACUCGGGGUGGAACUCCUGCAGCAGCUGCUUCGGGGACGCCAGGAAGAGGAGGGACAAACUGAUCCUGCCCUGCCUCAUCUCCUCCCGGAUCUAUGUGGUGGAUGUGGGCACAGACCCCCGGGCCCCCAGGCUGCACAAGAUCGUGGAGCCAGUGGAGCUGUUCUGGAAGGGGAACGUUGCCAACCCCCACACUGCUCACUGCCUGGGCUCUGGGGACAUCCUCAUCAGCUGCCUGGGUGACCCUGCUGGCAACGGCAAAGCUGGCUUCAUCCUGCUGGAUGGGGAAACCUUCGAGGUGAAAGGCAACUGGGAGAAGGGGGCAGAGGUGCCCAGCCUGGGCUACGACUUCUGGUACCAACCUCGCCACAACGUCCUGCUGAGCACCGAGUGGGGCCCCCCGAAGGUCCUGGCCGACGGCUUCGACCCUGCCGACGUGGAGAGAGGGCACUACGGGCGCUGCAUCAACGUCUGGGACUGGAGCAGCCACCGGUUCCUGCAGGCGCUGGACCUGGGGCAGGGCUCGAUCCCGCUGGAGAUUCGCUUCCUGCACAGCCCCGAGGCUGCGGAGGGCUUCGUGGGCUGCGCCCUGAGCGGAGCUGUGCAUCGCUUCUACCGCACCGAGGUGAGGGCAGGGCACGGCGGGCACGGGGGUGCCAGGCUGGAGGUGUCCCUGGGCAUGGCAGGGUUGGAGCUGGAGCAGCUUUGA